AUGUAUCGCCAGAUAAUUAUGGAUCAAAAAGAUCGCAUACACCAAUGCAUUCUCUGGAGAACUAAGGGUACAGAAUCGAUGAAGAUAUACCAAUUUAAUACUGUUACUUAUGGAACCACUUCCGCUCCUUAUUUGGCUACACGCUGUCUUAAAGCAUUGUCAGAAGAAGGGACCUUGAAGUUUCCAAUGGGGUCCAAAGUUUUGAAUGAAGAUUUUUACAUGGACGAUUUGAUCAGUGGUGGAGAUUCGCCAGAGGAGAUAUUUAGCAUCUAUGAAGAAGUUAGAACUCUUUUGCAUGGUGCAGGUUUCGAACUUCGAAAAUGGUGGACAAAUGAAAGAACAUUGUUGGAAGUUGUCCCAGAGAUGGACAGAGAAAAACCGCUCAGAAUAAAUGAUUCUGAUAUUAUUAAAACGUUAGGAAUCAAGUGGAAUCCAUCAUCAGAUGAGUUGCAGUAUAUAGUUCUAGAAUUUAGUUCAAAAUCAAAAAUCACCAAAAGGAUAAUUCUAUCUGAACUAUCUACCCUAUUUGACCCAUUGUAUUUGCGCACAGUUGAUGCAAAGGGUGUGAUAUCGUGCAGUUUAAUUACAGCAAAAUCAAGAGUCGCUCCAUUCAAAACCCAAAGCUUACCAAGGUUAGAAUUAUGUGCAGCGGAAAUGCUGUCUUCGGUGGUUUCCAAGAUACUUCCAAACUUUUCCCACCUAGUUGAAGAUAUAAACCUCUGGACUGAUUCAGAAAUCGUUUUAUGCUGGCUUUCAGCGCAUCCGUCUUGUUGGGAAGUGUUCAUAGCCAAUAGGAUUUCAAAGAUUCAAACUAGUUUGCCACAGGGUAAGUGGAAAUAUGUGAGUACUAAGCAAAAUCCUGCAGAUAUUGUAUCUAGAGGAGCUUAUGGAAGUGAGUUGAUGGAAAGUAUAUGGUUUCCUGGUCCGAAGUAUCUUAAACUACCACAGGAUAUGUGGCCCGUACAAAAAGAUUUUUCCAUGCUAGCAAAAGAUACUCCUGGAAUGCGGAAAUGUCAUGUGACAUUGCUUUCAAAAAUUAUUGACACGGAUUUUGAAGGAAACUACGUACGUUUUAAAAGCAUCGACAAAACUUGUAGAGUAUUUACUCUUAUAUUGCGUUGGAUCAUUAUAAUCCGCAAGAAAAUUCAAAGGAAGAAAUCAGGAACUGAGUUUGAGGACGAAGAACUUAGAUUUAAUAAGCCUUUGGACGCGGACGAACUUAAUCAUGCUUUGGAAAGAAUUUUAUGGAACGUUCAACAAAAACAUUUCCAAGAGGAAAUUCAGAAACUAGAGAAAGGAAUUAUGAUUAGCCCUACGAGUGCCAUUAAAAACCUCAAUCCCUUCCUUGAUGGUGACUCAUUCAAACUCCUCAGAGUAGGUGGGCGUCUGCUGAAUGCGGACAUUCCUUAUACUGUUAAAUGUCCCCAAGCUUUAGUUGGUAUUGUGCGGCAGAGGUUCUGGGUAUUAGACGCACGCAGACUUGCAAAGAAAGUCGUGGACAGUUGCUGGCAGUGCUUUAAAUACAAACCUAAGAUGUUGGGACAAAUCAUGGGCAAUCUACCUAUUGACAGAGUGCAACCUGCAAGACCGUUUUUGAAGACUGGUGUCGAUUUUUGUGGUCCAUUUCAAACCACUUAUAAGUUGCGAAGUCAUAAAACCACCAAAUCAUAUGUCGCCGUCUUCGUUUGCUUUGUUGUAAAAGCUGUGCACUUGGAGGUUGUCUCCGACUUAUCUAGCGAAGGUUUCGUUGCAGCGCUGAAGAGGUUCGUAGCAAGACGAGGGUUGUGCCAAGAUUUGUACUGCGACAAUGGGACGAAUUUUGUUGGGGCUCGUAAUCAGCUAGAGGAAUUCAGGCAAAGUUUCCUGGACCAGCAGUUGGAAAAGAAGAUAAGUGAUUGGUGUGCUACAGAGCAUAUCAAGUUUCAUCACAUCCCACCUCGAACACCACACUUUGGCGGUCUAUGGGAGGCGGCCGUGAAGUCUGCCAAAAAUCAUCUUCUUCGUACAGUUGGCGAUGCCUUUCUGACUUUUGAGGAACUAUCUACUAUUAUCGCAGAUAUAGAAGCUAUACUAAACUCCAGGCCCAUGAAUGCUAUGUCCAGUGACCCGAGCGACGAGCAAGUGCUUACACCUGGGCAUUUCUUGAUCGGUGGACCAAUGAAUGCAGUUUUUGAACCAGUGGUCACUGAUUACAAAAUGCCUGCGUUGAAGCGGUGGCGGCGACUAUCGUUGACAAAGCAGCAUUUUUGGAAUCGGUGGUCGAAAGAGUACCUAGCCGAUUUACAAAAACGAGUCAAAUGGCAAAAUUCGUCAGAAAACAUCAAAGUCAACACACUCGUUCUAGUUGGGGAUGAUAAUUCGUAUCCUCAAAACUGGCUCAUUGGAACAGUAACUAAUUUGGUUGAAUCUUCAGAUGGAAAGGUUCGAGUCGUUGAAUCAUUAUAG